AAAAAAAAAAAAAUUGACAUCAGUGAGCACCUCGCACGAUCCAAACACCGGUCCACACUCACCGCCCCCACCGCACCGCUUCUUCGCGGUGGGGGCAGUCCUCUUCGCCAUUCCCACCCUCUCUCUCUCUCUCUCUCUCUCGUCCCACUCCCUCAAACCCUAGCGAUGGCCUCCUCCUCCUCCGCCCCUGCCACCGCCGCAGCUUCCCUCCCCGUCGCAGUCCCUACCACCGCCUCCCGACGGCCUCCUCCACCGUGUUGGACCCAUGAUGAGACUCUUGCUCUCAUUCAGUCCUACUCCCGUUGCUACCUCUCUCUCCGCCGUGCUGCCCUCCGUGCUCCUCACUGGCAGGAGAUCUCCAUCGCUGUUGCCGCCCGGUGCCUUCCCUCUGCUUCCCCGAAGACGCCUAUACAAUGCCGCCAUAAAGUCGAGAAGCUCCGCAAGCGCCUCCGCUCUGAACGCCGGCGUUCAUUGUCUCUCCGCCCUGGUGCUCCCCCUUCCUCGCCCUGGCCUUACUUUUCGCUCCUUGACUCUGUUGAUCCGUUGCCGGCUCCCGAUCCGAUUUCCGAUGAUGGUGGUGGUGGUGGUGGUGGUGGUGUGACGGCGAAUGGAGGAGGGAUUGGUGGGUUGAGGUUUGAGAUCCCGAAGGCCGUGCGGUCUCGAAGGACGGAGAGGAGGAGAGGGAAGGAAGGGGAUGUUUGGGGGGAGAUGGCUUCGGCUCUGAUGAAGCUGGGGGAUGGGUUCUUGAGAGUGGAGCAGAUGAAGAUGGAGAUGGCGAGAGAGGCCGAGAGGAGGAGAAUGGAGAUGCAGCUCCGUCGAACGGAGAUGAUGCUCGAUUCCCAGCGCCGAAUCGUGGAUGCAUUGGUGGAGGGGAUGCUGUGGGAGAAGAGAACCGAAGCUUAUCCAGACUCUUGAAAAAGGCUCAAUCAGGUCAAGAAGAAUGAACUCUAUUCUUCUUUUAAGCGGAGAAGAAGGAUGAAGAAAAUUUGUCAAUUGUCACUUUCUCCUAUGAACUCAAUUCUCAUGCAUGAAUUCUUUUUCAACUGGACUUGUAUGAGAAAAGCAUGUAAAUAUGUAUUUUUUCUUUUUUUCCUGAGAAAACAACAAUGUAGGAUGAUAUUUUGGUUUUAGUAAGGUUUGUUUUCCAGGUCUGGCAUUCAGA